AUGCCAUCGCUCCAGCGCGUGCGGCAGCGCGUGUUCAUCAUCGUCGUCGCAAGCGCCUUCUUCUUCACCGCGAGCCUCGUCUCUGUCAUGCAGAAGCAGUCGUCGGCGCUCUCGUCCUACUACUGCUCGCCCGCGCAGCUCAGCGCCGUCCGGUCCUUCGCUUACCAGAACGCGACCAACCAGUCGCAGUCGUGCCUCUUGACCGUGCUUGGCCUCCUCGCGCCGACCGCUCUCGACGUGCAGAACCGCCCGCUCCAAGGCAUUGCGACAAGCGCCUUGAACUCGUACUGCACGUCAACGUGCUACGGCCCCAUCCAAGCGAUGAAGGCGAACCUCUUUCCGCCCUGCGACACGAUCGUCGAUGGCAGCGUGCGCUCAAUCGGGUCAAUCGCCAUGGACCUCUGUCCGCAAGGUGGUAACGUCGCGACGGUCCCAGUCGCCACGCGGCCGCCCAACCGCACAGGCACCUACUGCAGCUACGGCCAGUACGACAACAUGUCGCGGGACCUUGGCCUCAACGACCCGAGCACGCCGUGCGGCGCGACGGCCAGGAGCGCGCUUGUACCGACGCUCAUCACAUUCGACAUCAACACUAUCCCGUUCAGCAACUUGACGUGGUCCAUGGUGAAUGCGGUGUGCGUACCGACGUGCGCGACGCUGCUGGCCAAGAUGAAGGCGUACACGUACCCCGACUGCGAUGGGCUCAUCAACCUCGAGACGACGCUCUCACUCGCCGCGAUUGUUCAAAGCAUGUGCAAUACGACGAGUCCCUACUACCCUAAUGCUACUUAA